AUGGAGAAGACAGAAGGGUAUCCAGAAGUGGUUUCAGAAGAAGACCAAUCUAUGCCUAGUAGUUCAUCUUGGUUCUGGGGCGCCAAAGACGACAUGUCGUUGUUGGAAAGCGGUCUGUUGGGAAAAUGUUACCCACGGGAAGAAAUGGACGGUGAGGAUUUUUACUACAGCUUUCAAUCCAGAGUUGGGAAAUUUUCUGAUCCGAGGUUGUUGGCUUUGGUGGAGUUCUUAAGGGAGCUCUAUUUCCGAAGGAGGGAUUUGUUGAGGAAAAUAUUUCCUCAACUUCAGGAUAAGUCUUUGGAGGUGUUGAAAAAUUCGGGUAUGAGACUGUGGAGAGUUAAGUCGGGUGAUAACCGGACCCGGUUCGGCACCAUGCAGAGGAGUUUGAGUCUCGGGUCGCCCCGGUCACCCGGGGUCAAAGAUAUUGUUGAGCCCCAUGAGUUGAGGAACGAGUGGAUCAAGGUUCGCAUGAUUGACGCCAGUGGUGGCAGCGGUGGUGAUCAACAAGGCGGUCCUAACUCUGGCACCGGCCAGGGUGACGAUAAAAGUCCGGUGGUACCAGUUUGA